UUUUGCUUGUGAGUUUGUUGUCAAAAUUAAUUAAACAAUUUUGAUAAUUUUCAAAUUUGUUAAUGUUAUAUUUCUAAAAAAGAUAAAAAUAUAUAUAUUUUUAAGGAAUAUUUGUAAUUAAAUAUAUUUUAUCAAAUGGACAAAAACACACCAAAGAGCUAUGAUGAAUCUUGUAUAUCCACUACGGGUACACCUUUAUCCCAGCAUUAUUCAGAUACUUUAGAUAAUCUGAAAUAUAUAAAUUUAAAUUUUGUAGACAAUUCAGAAUCUUCUAACCCGGCAAAAGAAGCUUUCUUGGAGUAUCAAAAAUUACAAAAUUCCAGCCAGGAACAAACAAGUUUUGAGAAACCUUUACCUAAUAAAAUUUUACCCACAACUUUGCCUUUAAAUGGUUCGGAUAAGAGUAAAAAUGAAAAAGAGAUUAUUCCUUUGCAGGAAAAAACUCUCUUAGAAAUGGGCUAUAAAUCGAAUGAAGUAGAAGGCUGGGAAAAUAUUGUACAACCGCCCAAAGAAGAUCUUUAUAAAUUAUUGAAGAAUAUGAUAGAGAAACAUAUCAAACCUAGUGUUCAGAUACGCAUUGGUGAGGUUACCUUUAAUUGUCACAUGAUGGUGUUGCAAUGUUAUUCGGAUUUUUUUAUGGAAUUUAAUAAUGAAAUUUUAAUACAAUUACCGGAGGAAAAAAUAACUCCUGCAGCCUUUAUGAUGGUCUACGAUUGGAUGUUAUCCUCACAGCCCUUAGUACAAAGAGAGGGCAUAUUGGAAUUGUUUAAUGCGGCCAAUUUUUUACGUAUUAAGGAAUUAAUUAAUCAAUGUUGGUUAUGCCUGGAUGAUGAUGUACGUUUUAGAGAAGAUACUGCCUUUUUGUUGUAUUUGGAGGCACGUAAAUAUGGCUUGGAAAGUUUGGAACAAUUAAUGUUAAUGCGUAUUUGUAAAUUCUUCUUAACGCUGGUCGCCUCCAAGGAAUUUUUGACUUUAAGCUGCAAAGAGGUUAUUACACUAUUAAGUUCAAAUACUAUAGGGGUGAAUUCUGAAAUAGAGAUAUUCAUGUCCGUGGUAAGAUGGUUAAGUCACAAUUGGCAGGAGCGUGAAAAAUACACCUUGGAGUUAAUAAAAUGUGUGCGUUUCAGUUUAAUGCCUCCUUGGUUUUUGGUGACCCUAAACAAAAAUACCGAUUGCCUGGAAAUAGAUCGUAUAAUUGAACAUCCUGAAGUUAAAGAAAUGAUAAAUGAUGCCAUAACUUACACUACCACCCAAUUUUACUAUGGUGAAAAUCGUGAGGAGUUCUUACACUUUCUUGAACGUUAUCAAUUAACAGAACCCAUGCAACGUCAAUGGGUUUUCGAUAAGGAAUGUAAUUAUCAUCGUCGUCUUGGGUGCCCAAAUAUGGAGUAUGUUACCUAUAAAUCAUUUUUGGAAUAUUUAGAAAUGAUUCGCUCUAUUGGCAAAGAUUAUUGGCGUUCUUUGGAAAUGGAUAAUGGUGUGGAAAAGUCUAUGUAUUGGUUUUUACGUAAUGAUUGUCGUAAAACAACGGAAUCAAAUCUAGCCACUGUAUUUACUAAAAAGAGUCGUGACCAGGGUAUACAAUGUGCAAAUAGUUUGAAAUAUCGUAAAAGCAAAGAUUUCAAUAAAACAAAAUCAAUUCAUAACAAUGUUGGUGGUAAAAAAUCUGUACAUAUUACGCCUCGGGGACAUCGAAGGUAUAUGCCAACGGUAAUAACAACAAGUAGCACAACAAUAAAUAAUGAUACUACUACAACGGAAGCGGAAACAACGGUAGAUUUUAAAUAUCCUCCAGAAUCAGAUGAUGUUGAACAGAAUUUUCAUGUAAAUGUAGAAAAACAAACGGAAACUAUAUUAUAUGAUGACAAUAAUCAACAACAGCAGCAACAACAACUAAAAACGGAAGUAAAUGAACAACAGCAACAACAACAACAACAGCACAUCAUCGAUAGUUAUCCCUUAAAGCAUAAAAUCUCCAAUAACAUAGAUAAUGAUGAAAAAAUACAUCACCAGCAACAGCAACAUCAAUUGCUGUCAAAACCAUAUCACAUAAACAUAAAAAAACAACAAGAAAAAACACUCCAGUUGCAACACAAUAAAACAAACAACACUGACGACAACAAAUGUUGUACAGUGAUUUAUAAACGUGAUGACGAUGACAACGGUAGUUUAAUGGCUGAUGUUAGCGGUGAUUGUUACACAGCACAGCAACAGCAGGAGGAACAUCAACAUCAGGAACAACAAAAACAAUGUAUUUCUGGUGAUAAUCAUGAUGUCGAAAACAUGAAAGAUAUUAUUAUUGUUACUGGCUGCAAUGUUAAUAAGGAUUUACUGGAUUAUGAAGAAAAACAAACAACUUUGACUUUCAUUGAUGAUUUGACAAGAAUUUCAAAUCAUAAAAUACUAGUGUUUGGUGGCAUCGAUCCUUAUUGUUUGCAUUGUCAACAUGUGCAACAGCAUCAUCAUCAACAUCAGAAGCAGCAGCAUCACCUACACCAACAACAAUCAUACAGAUUACAAAAACAACUAGAACGACUACAACGGAAACGUGUACUUUCAAUUGAUAACAUCAUCAUGAAUACUCGUAGUCAUACUCACUACUCUGCACAUCCGUUGCAAACUGAUACACAAUCGUACAACAUCAGUGCUGUUGCCAAUAAAAAUUUGGAAAAUUUUGGCGACCAUGUGUUGUUUUACGAUAUUGAUGCUAUGGAAUGGCGACAUUUAUCCCAUAUACCAUUCGGUUCACGUCAUCAUCAUGCAGUUGUUGUUUGCAAUGGUCUAAUUUAUGUUAUUGGUGGCACGAGGACAGCAUGGGGUUGUACGAAAAAAUCGCAAACUACCGUUACUGCAAAAUACCGUUACCUAAAGUAGAUAAAGUACCGAUAA